CUACCUCUUUAAUAUCAGCCAAGUGGCAGUCUUAACUGAUUUAAGCUAAAUCAGCCUAUUACUUUCUUCUUGUUCUACCAUUCCAAUUAGCCAAACCCACUUGAUAAAGAAGGAAAGCAUAGAGCCAUUUGCACAAAAAUCUGAACUCUUCCAUCGGAAGAUGGAUCGAAUUCCCAUCUGGGUAAUCCCCAUUUUGAUCUUUCUCAUCACUCCAGUGACAAUUUCACAAGAGGAGGAGGUGAAGCAGGCGCUUGUUCAAUUCAUGGACAAACUCUCGCCAGGACAAAGAGAUGGCAGCUGGGGUUGGAACAUGACUUCAGAUCCUUGCAACUGGGUUGGAGUGACUUGUUAUCCGCACACUGAGUCUGUGUCGCAAAUAGCUAUUGAAAAUUCCGAUCUCAGUGGAGUUCUUGAUUUCGGCUCUGUUUGCACGGUGAAGACUCUGCUUGUUCUCAGUCUGUCAGGCAACAAAAUACAUGGAACAAUAGGAGAGGAGAUAGGAAAAUGUAAGCAGCUGACUCACUUGUAUUUAAACGGGAACAACUUCUCUGGUAGCCUUCCUGAUUCUCUCUCGCAUUUGGGUGACUUGAAGAGGCUGGAGAUUUCUGACAAUAACCUCUCUGGUGAGCUUCCUGAUCUGCCUCGGAUUUCAGGGCUCAAAAACUUUUUAGCUGAGAAUAAUAAUCUGAGUGGAGGAAUACCCAACUUUGAUUUCCUCAACUUUGAUCGAUUCAACAUCUCCAACAACAAUUUUAGCGGUCCAAUUCCUGAUAUCCAAGGCCUUUUCACUGCAGACAGCUUUUCGGGUAAUCCUGGAUUAUGUGGACAACCACUGUCAGCUGCCUGUCCGCCUGCUGGCCCUGCUUCUCCAUCAUCUAAAAUGGAACCAAAAGCAUCGACUACUAGUGACUUUCUUGUAUACUCUGGCUAUAUGAUUCUUGGCAUGAUUAUAGUGCUCUUCUUUGCUGUCAAAAUUAUCCGUAAAAGAAAGACUAAAGAAGAAACGAUUAUAGUUAUUGAAAAGGAAAGAGUGGCAGGGGAUGCUAGUAGCGACAAGCCUAGUGAAGCAUCCAAUGAUCGGUUCAGGUUUGGUGUAAACAAGUCUGAGUACUCAAUGACAUCUAUUGAUCAAAGUUCGAUCAUUACAUCUACACUUGUUGUUCUCACGAGUCCGUUGGUGCCUUCACUGCGAUUUGAGGAAUUGCUUAGAGCUCCAGCUGAAUUGCUUGGGAGAGGAAAGCAUGGAAGCCUCUACAAAGUCAUGCUCGAUGGUGGGGUGAAUUUGGCUGUAAAGAGGAUCAAGGAUUGGGAUAUUUCUGAUGAAGAUUUCCGCAGGAGGAUGAAGAAGAUAGACCGAUCGAGGCAUUUAAAUGUAUUGCCACCAAUUGCAUUUUAUUGCUCCAAGCAAGAGAAGCUUCUCGUCUAUGAAUUUCAGCAGAAUGGCAGUCUCUUCCAGCUUCUCCAUGGAUCACAAAAUGACUAUACAUUUGACUGGGGAAGCAGACUAAAUGUUGCAGCAAGGAUUGCAGAGGCUUUGGCAUACAUGCACAAGGAGCUGCAUGAAGAUGGGAUUGCUCAUGGCAACCUUAAAUCCACAAACAUUUUGCUCGACAAGAACAUGAAUUCAUGCAUCAGCGAAUACGGUCUGAUGAUGAUGAUGGAAAAUCAAGAGUCAUUUCUUUCCCAAACCAAAGAUUUCAAGAACAAGAACUUGAGUGGAGGCCAAGCAUACGGCACCUUCAAGCUCGAUGUCUACGGCUUUGGUGUGAUUCUCCUGGAGCUGCUAACGGGAAAGCUCGUGAGCAACAAUGGGUUCGAUUUGGCUACUUGGGUCCAGACAGUAGUGAGAGAGGAAUGGACGGUAGAAGUCUUCGAGAAGGGGCUGCUCUCAGAAGGUGCGAGUGAAGAGAGGAUGGUGAACUUGUUACAGAUAGCGUUGAAGUGCAUAAAUCCUUCUCCAAAUAGAAGGCCUAGCAUGAGCCAAGUUGCAGAAAUGAUAAUUACAUUAAAAGAGGAAGAACAGAGUUCAAUAUCUUUUAAUGCAGGCUCACAUAUAUAUGUGGGAGAAACACGUCCCCUGUGAAAGUUCAUCAUCCUUGAUCUCUUCACUCGCUAUAUAUUAAUCUAAAUACUUAUCCCAUUUGUGUGGUAAACAAUUCUUUUCUUCAACAUUGAUGAUUGUAUGAAUGCAUGUGUACUUCAUCUUAAA